UAUUCAGUGCAAAUAAUAACAAUAUGGUUGAGGACUACGUUGUUAGUAGAUUUACUAUUGCAUGCUUACGGCUUAGAGAAUUUUCUUUUCUUUUAGUUUCAAUCGAGAUAUCUGUGAUGUGUUGGGUUUUUUCAUACCUAUACAUAAUACAUGACUUUGUCUAAGCAACCAGAACAGAACAUCAGGCAAAGAGGAGUCUUACACUCCUAAGAAAGGGGAGUUUGCAGGCAAAUAUGGUGCUAGUGUAUUCUAUGUUUCUUCCUUUUCCUUGUUCUGUAUGCGAUUGCACGUGAGAGUCUGGUACCAUUAGUCUUAUCUAAAUUAACAUUUUCCCUCCGUGGAUAAUUCCACUACUUUUCACCGAAAGGCACCUCCUAAAGCGAGUUGGAAAUAGUGCAUAGAACUGCUACUUUUGCGCGCUGAACCAAAAAACAAUAAUAAACUUCUUCACCUCAUGUCAAAAUACUUUGUUUGAUGUUUUGGCUUCUCUUUUAUAUUCUGGCAAAUGCUGAGAGCCACUCAAGAGCAGGGUUGUGAUGCAUCAGUAUUGAUUGCGUCAAGUAGGAACAACAAGGCAGAGAGGGAUUCAGAAAUUAACCUAUCGCUUCCAGGAGAUGGUUUCGAUGUGUUCUUUCGAGCCAAAAGAGCUGUGGAGUUGCAAUGCCCUGGAGUAGCAUCUUGUGCAGAUGUUAUGGCAAUUGCCACUAGGGACUUGGUUAACCUGGUGGGAGGCCCAAGAUGGGAAGUGCAAAAGGGAAGAAGAGAUGGGCUGGUUUCCAAGGCUUCAAGAGUUGCUGGAAACCUCCCCCAGGCAAACCAAAAAAUUUCCCAGUUGAUCUCACUCUUCAAGUCCAAAGGAUUAUCAGUACUAGACAUGGUGGCUUUAUCAGGAGGCCACACCAUAGGCUUCUCGCAUUGCAGGGAGUUCAUGCCAAGAAUCUAUAGCUACAACGAGACAUUUGAUAUUGACCCAACCAUGAACCAAGAUUACGCGCUAAGUCUUAGGGGUCCAUGCCCCAGGAAAAAUCUUGAUCCCACUGUUGUUGCACUUAAUGAUGUAACAACACCAUUUAUCUUCGACAAUGCUUAUUUCGGUAAUCUUCAGAAGGGACUCGGCUUGUUAACCACGGAUCAAAUGCUGGGUGUAGAUUCGUUAACGCGGCCUUAUGUGAAUAUCAUGGCUAGAGAUCAACAAAUUUUCUUUAAUUACUUUGUCAAGGCUAUGAUCAAGAUGAGUAAGAUAGGGGUUAAGAUAGGGAGUAAUGGUGAGAUUAGAAGUGAUUGUGGUUCCUUCAAUGGCUAAGAUCUGUUGCUUUUCGUCCAUAUGUUGGCAGUCCCAAAUGUUUCUAUCAUUCUAAAUAUGUGCUUGUAAAUGGGGUUCUUAUGAUGAGAAGAGAAAGCGUUGCAAACAAGUAAGGGAUGUACUGGAAUUGACGGAGAGGAAGAUUGGAGCAGUUUUUGAAGUACUAAAUGUUGUGACAGAUGGAAGAAAAUAAGAAAAGAAUAAGUGUUUUGAGUGAGAAUAGGUUAAGGAGAAAAGCUACGAGUCAGAGUCCAGUAGUUUUAAAAAAUUCCCCUUUUGAGUUGUGAAGACUUUAUAUAUAUAGUGUCAAAAAUAAUAGUUACAAAAAAAAAUUUUAAUACGCGUAAUAAAUGAUAUAU